UUAAAAAAGAAAAAAAAAUCAAUCUUUAAUAAAUAUAGUAACAAGGAGAGAGAGAGAGAGGUGAGUCUAAGCCAGAAAAUGGAGAAGUGGAGAGCUGGUCGUCGUUUUCUCAGAUUCUCCUCAUGCACAACCCCUCGAUCUAACCCUAAUUCUCAUACUCCAAUCCCCAUGCAUGUUUCCGGCUCUGGGAAUUAUCAAAAUUGGAAGCUACACCAUUGUUUUCGUUACUUAACAGGUAACAGAGUUCCUAUAAGAGCUUCAAUUGAAAAGGGAAAGGGUGUUUAUGGAAAUGGAGUUAGAUUCCAGUUUAGGUGUUUUGGCUCAGCUUCUACUACAGUGCCUGAGAGAAACCCUUCGUUUUCGAUGUUGAGCUCUGAUGACAUUGAGUAUUUCAAAGGAAUAUUGGGAGAGAAGAAUGUAGUUCAGGAUGAAGAUAGGCUUUUGACUGCAAAUACUGAUUGGAUGGAGAAGUAUAGAGGUUCAAGUAAGCUUUUGCUUCUGCCCAAGACAACUGAUGAGGUAUCUCAAAUUCUUAAUUACUGUAAUUCCAGAUGCUUGGCUGUGGUUCCUCAAGGUGGAAAUACCGGCCUUGUUGGUGGAAGUGUUCCUGUUUAUGAUGAAGUGAUUAUCAAUGUUGGUUUGAUGAAUAAAAUUAUAUCUUUUGACAAGGUCAGUGGUAUUUUGGUAUGUGAAGCAGGGUGCAUACUGGAAAAUUUGAUAACUUUCCUGGACGCACAAGGAUUUGUUAUGCCGCUGGACUUAGGUGCAAAGGGUAGCUGCCAGAUUGGUGGAAAUGUUUCAACUAAUGCAGGUGGUUUGCGACUCAUCCGCUAUGGAUCACUUCAUGGGAAUAUACUUGGUGUUGAAGCCGUUUUAGCAAAUGGUGAUGUGCUUGAUAUGCUUGGUACUUUACGCAAAGAUAAUACUGGGUAUGAUGUAAAACAUUUAUUUAUAGGAAGUGAAGGAUCCUUGGGGAUUGUGACCAAGGUUUCCAUACUUACCCCUCCAAAGCUAUCUUCAGUUAAUAUAGCUUUUCUGGCUUGUGAAAAUUAUUUUAGCUGCCAGAAACUGCUCAUAGAAGCAAAGAGGAAGCUUGGGGAGAUCCUAUCUGCAUUUGAGUUUUUGGAUAAUGCAGCAAUGGAUAUGGCCCUGAAUAAAUUGGAAGGAGUUCGAAAUCCAUUGCCUCCUUCACUGCACAACUUCUACGUAUUGAUUGAAACAACAGGCAGUAGCGAGUCCUCUGACAAAGAAAAACUUGAAGCUUUUCUUCUUCAUGCAAUGGAAAUUGGCUUGGUUUCUGAUGGUGCUUUAGCACAAGACAUUAACCAAGCAUUAUCAUUUUGGCGUUUACGUGAGGGUAUACCAGAAGCAUUGCAAAAAUCAGGGGCCGUUUACAAAUAUGAUUUGUCGAUACCUGUUGAACAGAUGUAUGAUCUUGUAGAGGAGAUGCGAACAAGACUUGGUGCCCCAACUAAAGUAGUCGCAUAUGGCCAUCUUGGAGAUUCUAAUUUGCAUCUCAAUAUUUCAGCUCCUCAGUACGACGAAAAGAUAUUAGCGCAAAUAGAACCUUUUGUCUACGAAUGGACAUCUAAACAUCGGGGGAGUAUUAGCGCAGAGCACGGAGUGGGUCUCAUGAAGGCUAACAAGAUUUACUAUAGCAAGUCAAAGAAUACAGUUCAACUAAUGGCUUCAAUAAAGAAAUUGCUGGAUCCCCAAGGAAUACUUAACCCAUAUAAGGUUCUACCACACUCCUUGAGUACCUAAUAAGAGUUAAAAGUAAGAAAUUUGGUUCUCUCCUCUAAACCCUUUACUCAUCUAACUGAGAACCAAUAGAUUAUCAUGAAAAAUUGUUUCUUUCCCUUGGAAAUGAAUGUAAUAUAAUAACAGGUGGGAAAUAAAACCAUGUUGUAAGUUUAAAAUGGUGUUUACUAGUAAAUAAAACUCUUGUUGUUAUAUUCUAAUUCCAUAUUUGAUUUGGUGGUAGCAUUAGAA